AUGUCUACUUUGUACAAUCCUCAAGACAGUAAUGAAUUCACUGCAACUUCUAAUGGGAAUAUUUCUCAUUCGUCCACUUCUCCUUCAAAUAGCAUGUUAGUUAUUAAUGAUAAUCAAUCUUUACAACAUACUCAAAACCCUCAAUUCCCUUCUCAAGAACCUGAAUGUUUAUUCUAUUACAGGCCAAACAACGAUGUUCAAAUUUAUCUCAUUACUUAUAAAGAGAUAACCUUUAAUGAACUCAUAUCUCAAUUGUUAAUUAAUAACUUAUACUCAUCUAAUAAUCCUCUUUGCUCAAAUUAUCUUUUUGAAUUUUAUUUUCAACAUCCUAAUGAUCAAAAAUUUUAUAAAGUUGCUUGUGAAAUGAUUUCACAUUCAAUUAUAGUUUAA